AUGCGAUACGAAUGGUCCAACUGGUUGAACAAUGCGACCAUCUCACCGGAUAUUCUAUCCCUGUUGAAUAUCGGGCCACUGACAAAACUCACCAAGGUGAUUAGCACCUCGGACAAUCCAAACGUCAAUUCGCCCAACCAGGUCGGUUUGUUCGGAUUGGUUGGUCAUGAACGAAAUCUGAAUUUUCAACCUCUGUUGACUAGUGACAAAGUGACGUCGAUUAUUACGGAAGCAGAAAAGUGA